AUGAAGCAAGCAGCCGAAAGUAUGAAGGCUGAUAAGGCUAAGAGCGAUGCCAGGAAGAAAGCCGCCAAGGAGAAGUCUCCUGAAGAACAGGGUGGAAAUGAAGAAGUGGACAGAGAAAAGACUGAAUAUGAGAAGACGAGGGAUGCCGCUCAUGAGAUCCGUCGUGAGAUUGGUCUCAAGGCCAGGAACGACCCAGCUGCCCCCUCGGAUACUGAAGAAAAUCCUCGAAAGAAGGCUAUUGACACCCUUGUGCUAGAUACAUCCCAUGUCAAGCUUACUUCACUCCUUGAGGAACAGGAACAAGCUGCUUCAUCACCAACAGUACUGUGUGAGCAAACUGCCCAGCAUGAAGAAGGAGAUGAGGUACUUGGGAAGCAUAAGGAAGACCUCACUCAUCCUGAAGAACCCCCUACCAGCAGCUCGUUGCCUCGCACUGAAUCUGUGGAUGCCUCUACUAAAGAAGGAAGAACUUGUGACUUCGAAGCUGAAGCCACUCGUGACUUAAAUGUAAAUGACGCAGAGACUGAUGCAGAUGCCACAGUACCUACGCCAGAAGUCCGUGUGAAGAAAGCCGUGAAGAAGAAGAGUGUUGCCCCGUCCGACCCAAGCUCCUCGAGUGAUGAGGAUGAAGAAGAAAAGAAGGAAGAAGAGAAGGAAGAGAAAUAG